AGGAAGAAAGGAAGAGGCCACCGAGCUACCAGGUGUUAGCCGAGCCCAGGCUUCCGAGAUGACACCUCAUCGUGACCUUGUGCUCGACGCGUUCAGGAAAACCUCUGGAUCCGGACAGACGAGCAGCUGGAUGCUUCCCUUCGAGCGCAGGAGCUGAGUAGAGCAAAGCAUCAGAUGAGAGGUGGUGGAAGUGGAACUUGACCCAUCCAACUGAGUCACCAUUUUCCUGCACAUAAUGGGCUCCAUGGUUCCAUUGUAUGCAUGACUUGUUUUGUGUGGCCUGAUGGGAGGACACUGUGGAUAGUACUUUCAUCGGGAUACCAACAGAGCCAUCCCAUGCCGCCACGUUGGAGGGCCUGUCAGAAUGAAGAAGAUAAGCCUUAAGACCAUCCGCAAGUCCCUCAGCAUUAAGGGCAAAGAGGAGGGUGACUUUGUCAUGCUCCAGCAGCCCUCGGUGACUCCAGAGUUUUCGAAGGAAGAGUCACUUUUCGGGGGCUGCUACACCAAAGACCCCGCUGGCUGUGACCUUGGUUUAGAAGAGGACAAGGGGGGUCAGAAUAAGGGCCGCUCAAAGAGUGAGAGCCUGAUGGGAUCACUGAAGAGGAGGCUGUCUGCCAAGCAGAAGGCGAAAGUGAAAGGUGGCUCUUCUGCUAUAGGCUCAGUGGAUGAUGAUGACACCUUCUCAUCCUCCUCUGUGCCGAUCAGCUUCACUGAGGGGAAAGCCCAGAGACCCCUUAGAUCUGCAUCCUUACGAAGUCACCAUUAUAGCCCCUCACCGUGGCCUCUGCGAUCAGUCAACUCUGAUGAUUCCUGUAUUAAGAUGGAGGUAAAAGUUAAAGCCAUGGUUCACUCACCCAGCCCCAGUCCCAGCUUAAAUGGUGUCCGGAAAGAAUUUCAUGAUUUCCAGAUGGAAGGGCUCUUUCAGGAUCAAGCAGAAUCCUUAAAACAUCUACAGCAGCCUCAAAACGGUGAGCUGCAUCUAAACAUUGAUGAAAAUGAUGUGCCUGUGGUGCUGGGGUUGACUCCCCAGGACUACAUCCAGUACACAAUGCCUUUAGAUGAGGGAAUGUACCCGGAAGGAUCCCACUCUUUCUGCCUGGACAGCUCAUCUCCUAUGGAGGUGGUGGCUGAAGCAGACAAUGGGUCCCUCCACACAGACCAGGGACAAGAGGAACAUGAACUGGUGUGUGAAAUGCCUGCGGAUCUCUUCAUGGAAACCUCAGUUAAUAGUCUUCUCAUCGGUUCCGCUGGUGUAAUGCUCCAAAGUUCCAGAGUAGAGGUCCCGCCUCCCCUCUCUCCACUCCUGCCACCCAUGAUAAGUAAUGGACAUUUCCCAAGGACUUUUUCUGGGUUCAGUUCUUCAGACAGCCAGGUAGCUGAGCGAGUAAGACAUCACCUCAACUUUGACCCAAAUUCAGCUCCUGGGGUCAGUCGGGUGUAUGAGUCAGUCCAGAGGAGCGGGCCAAUGGUCGUAACCAGCCUGACGGAGGAGCUGAAGAAGCUGGCAAGGCAGGGCUGGUACUGGGGCCCCAUCACACGCUGGGAGGCAGAGGAAAAGCUAGUCAACUUGGCUGAUGGCUCAUUCCUGGUCCGAGACAGCUCAGAUGACAGGUACCUGCUCAGCCUAAGUUUCAGGUCACAGGGCAAAACCCUCCACACCCGCAUCGAACACUCCAACGGGCGCUUCAGCUUCUACGAGCAGCCCGACGUCGAGGGACACACGUCCAUUGUCGACCUAAUCGAACACUCUAUCAGAGACUCAGAGAAUGGAGCCUUUUGCUAUUCCAGGUCUCGAUUACCAGGGUCUGCAACCUACCCAGUCAGACUAACCAACCCAGUGUCUCGGUUUAUGCAAGUGCGCUCCCUGCAGUACCUUUGUCGCUUUGUCAUUAGACAAUACACAAGAAUAGACCUAAUCCAGAAACUGCCCUUACCCAACAAGAUGAAAGAUUAUCUGCAGGAGAAGCACUACUGAGGACACACACAGGACAGUGGUAGCAAUUUGCACUUUUGUGUUCAGUUAAGAGAUUUAAACAAGGUUUACAGACAACCACAGUUUGGAGAAGAUUGGUUGCGGUGGCUCUUGAUUUGUGUCCAGCUGACUGUUUAGUCCUCCAUUCCACUGUUCUGGGGUUUCUUCCCUGGUUGUAGGAGGCUACUUCCAGAAACAUAGGCCAGCACAUAAUCUAUCGCAAAAACAUACUAGAGGUUUACAGCCAGGUCACCAUAGUUGCAUACAUUAAAUGUAGACAUUAGGCAUGCAUUGUGAUGUACUGUUAAGUGUAACAUCCAGCUGGGUGGGUAGAGUGGAUUUUCAGAAGUUUUCCAUCUGCAUAUACGUUUGGCCAGUGAGGGGAAAUAAGACUCCACCAUCAAUUUGAAAAAAUCAUUGAAUUUCGUCCACUACAUGAUACAUUUCAGAGAUGGUUUUAAGGUGGAAUAGUACUGCUACAGUGAAAAGUUUUAAUCAAAUGUUAGGCUCUCUGCAGGCUGACUGAGGUUGUUCGUCUUUUGCAUCUUAUUGUUUAUAAGCUAAUACAACAUUACCAUGUUUGUCAGCAUGACCUGACCACCACCCUGCAUUCAAAAAAAUAUGCAGUUAAAAGUUCAAAUUGCAAGAAAUAAUAAUGGCCUACUUGAACAAAAAUCUUUAUUUUGCUCAAAAUUUCAAUCAUCACAUUGUCAGACUUUAAUCAAUUUAAGCCAACCACUUUUCCAGUGGAUGCAUUUUCUUCUUGAAGUAUUAAAAGUCUCUGUCAUGGCAAGUUACACCAGACAUAUUAUAAAUACAUCAAUUUGGAGAGUGUAAAAUCCCUGUCAGAGUCACAUUAGUUCACUGGGUCCACAACAUUAACAUUUUGAUGUAAAACAUGUCCAAGUUAUGUUAGUUUGUCAGAGUAGCGUUGAAUUGUAUGGCUGCAUGUAGCCAUUAUAUAAUGUGCAAGCCUAAAGGUACUAAUGAUGCUGGAUUUUCAUGUUGUGCUGUUUGUAGAAACGGCAUCGAUUCGAUGUAUAGACGUUUUCAAAGUAUGUUCAUGUUAAAAAGUUCAAUCUUUCUGCAUUAGGAAUGUUACAAAAACCGCACAGCAGCUCAGGCUCAACAACUUGGUCACUGUGUGUAAUGCUCGUAUCUGCAUGUAGUCAAGGCUUUAAGACUCAAUCAAGGGCACAGCCGAGUUACUCUCAAUGAGUAGAGAUGUCACAGUAAGAGGGCGGAACAUAUCGGCCGUGUUGUUUUAGUGCUACACCUCGUAACAGGCUGUUCAAUGCACAAUUGCAUUAACCUAAGACGGUUUAUAUGUAAAGAAAAUUGCCCUAGAUUACGCCACAACUGAAAACAGAUGUGCAGCUAGUGGAGCUGAAUCUGCUUGUUGGGAUGACUGUGUCUUGGUCUCUUAAUGGCAGCCAGGAGCGUAACCCAGAUCACAGAAAUUUCCCAAAACGGUGCAAAACGUAUAUUUUGGAAAGUAAGGGUUCGGUCCUCCUCGCAGACUGUGAGUAGCGUUAGUUCCAUCACAGCUGCAUGGCGUCAUUAGUGUCAUAUGGGUUUCAAGGACAUUGGGAUAAAAAGCAGUUUUUGCCAUACCUUGUUCACGUCGUCCACUGUCGUCACCGAGCUGCAUUACCCCACAGAUUGUCUCGCUUCUAGGCUGUUACUGUGCCAGAGUAAAGGGAAGAGCACACAGGAUGCUACGCAAGUGCUUUAUAUGGAUACUUUGACAGGGAAUUGUUUUUUCACAAUAUGAAUGAGCAUCUUUUUUGACAUCAGUGUCCUUCCAAGUAUUUGGAAAAUGGUCACUCGGACAACAUAAGUAGGUUGUUAGCGCUUAGUUCUAGUUUUAGUUAGUCCGAGGAGGUCAUCAUGAUUCUAGCACAGCAGAAAUUACGAUAGGAACUUUGAAGGGUGUUGCAUGUUUAAAGACUUAGCAUUUUAACGCUUCGAGUUGUAUAGGAAUGAAGGAUCUAGGAUGUGUGUUUGGCUGUGUUAAAGGAUGUUUUUUGUUGUUUUUCUCUGUCACAAACAUUGGCUGGACAUUCUGUGUACAAGAAAUGCAGUUUUCUUUUUCAGUGAGUUAUUUUUUUUGACAUUUGCCAUCUGGGGGAUGGGGGCUGUACAAAAGGAAUGUACGCUUUGUUUGAGGUAUCCAUUUGAUCUGCCUGAAAGCCAGUUUCAGAAAGCAUGAAAAUCCUGAAAAAAAAACUACAUUGACACAUUUUUUGCACUUGAAAAUCCCCCACGACACCCUUGGAUCCUCUCCUGCCAGGAGUUGUCCUUCAGAUGGCAUCUUGAGAAGAAACAAAGUCACACAUUUGUCCUCAUGUGUUCAUUUAAAUGUUUAGAUGAAGUCAAGAUUGAUUUGUUUCUGUCAUAUCUGUGGGAUAUAAAGGGUUAAGGCACCAGCAUCAUAUCUAAGCCUCUGCUUAUUCUCAUGGGCUGUCAGCGAAUGGGAUCACGGCAAGAAUGUGGACGUAAACUUCAUUUGACAACUUCUUUUGGAUGCGUGUGUAUGUGUUUGAUUUGAAAUGUGAAAGUAAAAUCGUUUAGUUUUUUUUUUUUUUUUUAAUACAAUGUUGUUUAAAUUGUAUUUCCGUUUUAAUUUGCAAUUGGUCACCGGAGUUUGACAAGCAGGAACCAGUUUCUUAUGGCGUUGCUGCUGUGAUUUUCUUUUUAAUACUAGUUUAUUAUUAAGCAUUAUUGCCUUCAAUGUUUGAUUCCAGAGGUCUAUGCUUGUUGAUAACAGCUGUCUAGCACUUAACAAGCUCCACGUUUUCUGUUGUGCAUGAAGGUAAUUGUUUACAACGUUGUUUGGAAAUGCCCCCUUUUCUUUUUUUAGUUUUGUUUUGUAUUUUUAACCUUUUCUCACAUGAACAGCUUGGUACACUUUGACAACUUUUUCUUUCAUUUAAAUGUGUUAGACACAUUUGUGCUGCUGAUGGAUAUGAUUGCCUUUCUUGUAUUUAACAGUUGGGGAAACAGAAUGUCACCGGUGUAGAUGUAUGUACACGUAAUGACUCUGGUUAUCAUCUUGGGAGAGCAAAGCAGAUUUGCAAUUUGUUAACAACUGUAGUCAGUUAAAAGAGCAUUAGUAGCGAUUAGAAAAACCCUCUGUAGAAUCACCAGUUCACUCCAGUUUACAUUGGUUGUCAACUGUCAACUUUCCAAAGUAGAUGGUCUUUUUGUAUUUUUCUUUCGGAAAAAAAAUCAACAGUGAUUUAUUGCACAUUUUGGAUACAGUUCAAGAGUUUUUUGUAUCUGCCAAUUAUAAAUUAUAAAUAAAAAAAACUAUAUUCUA